UCGGCACCUGCCAGCCGUCUCAGCUGCCAUGCUGCCGACAUGGGCAACGCGCACGCCAAACAACAUCCCAGAUUAAGAAACAAAAAGCAAGUGCACUGGAAAGCAGCAGGAUCAUGUUUAGGAAAAGGAGUACCAGAGAGCUUUGACCUGGUUCGCCCUGAUAGGCCUGGUAAACCCAUCCUUCUGCAAAAUGCCGAUGGAACACCGGAUUUGGUGACCUUACGAUGGACACCACCAAUCAACGAUGGUGGAUCACCCAUAUCUGGAUACCUAGUAGAACACCGUCGAGUUGGGUCACCCCACUGGGUACGGGCGACACCUCUACCAACACCAUAUCCGGAAAUCACACUUAGUGGUCUAGAACCAGGAUGGAGGUAUCAAUUCAGAGUGAGCGCAGAGAAUGCAGUGGGAUACUCUGAUCUUUCUGAAGUCUCCGAAGCAAUAACGGUUACUCUACAAAGAUCUGCCGUGACUGCUCCUCAAUUCACUCAAGACGUUGUCGACACAGUGGCUUUGGAAAACAACAAAUGCGAAUUUGUCUCUCAUUUUCUAGGACAACCUCCUCCGAAAGUCUGUUGGUUCAAAGACGGCUUCGAGAUCUUCAGCAGCCGACGAAUCCGAAUCCUAACCGAGCACGACCGAAGCAUUCUCACCAUUCACCAGACCUCGCUAUCCGACGAGGGCGAGAUCAAAUGCACAGCCACGAACAGAGCUGGACAUGCUUCGAGCAAGGCCAGACUGACCGUCGAAGCUCCUCCUAGUAUACGAUUGCCGCGAAAUUACGAAGAAGGCCUUCUUUUCGAAAUCGGUGAGAUUAUUCGACUUAAAGUUUCUGUAGUGGGUCGUCCGACGCCGUUGGUGUUCUGGAGUCACAACGGCGAAUCAGUGCAAAACAGUGACCGACACGAAAUCGAAUUCGUGGACAAAUCCACAGUGCUCAAAGUCAGCGAAGUCACCCGUCCAGAUCGGGGAGAAUACCUUAUUAGAGCUGUCAACAAACUUGGAGAAGAUUCAGCUUCGUUUCUUGUAACAGUAACAGAUAAACCGUCACCUCCAGGUAAACCAAUUGGUAAAGCUCGAGUUGUCAUGGCUCUUGGAAGAUCAGUUACUCUAUCAUGGACAACGCCUCAAGAUGACGGUGGAUGUAAAAUCGGAAACUAUAUAGUUGAGUACUACAGGCUAGGAUGGAACGUUUGGUUAAAAGCAGCUACAAGCCGACAACUAACCACAAUUCUUGGAGAUCUUAUUGAAGGGAGUGAAUAUAAGUUCAGAGUUAAAGCAGAGAGCCCUUACGGUGUUAGUGACCCUAGUGAAGAAUCUGAAGUUAUAUUUAUACCUGAUCCUAAACGAGGAAUAACACAACCGCCAUCCAGAGGUCGAAGUCAACCAAACGAUUUCUUCGAAGAACCACAGUUACCUUUGCCAAAUAAAAGAAAAAAUAAGACACGAUCUCAAUCGUCUUCAAGGGCAGAACACCAGUCAACAAUCCUAGAAAAUAACAUUGAACCACCUCAAAGACCGAAGAGAACCAAAACAAAAAGCCAGCCUCAAAGUCCUGAACCAUCGCCGAUGGUUCAAAGAAGAGAACCACCGUUCUCUCAAAUAAACAAGGCUAUUUUUGACAGAGCUUCUCUGGCAAGGGACUUAGCAUACGGAAGUCCAGAAAUAAAAAUACAGAAAGAAAACGUAUCGGUACAUCAAGCAAAACCAGUAAAUGUUCCAGCUUCUCUUGGGUCUGGGCAAGAAUUUAAUCCCGAUCAUGCAGUUUAUAAAGUAAAAAUUGAACCGUCACAAAAUGAAGAAAAGGUGGAGAGCUCUAAGAAAGUUGUUAGUCCGGAAGUUAAGAAGAAAUUGAUAAGAGAGCACAGUGCUACCGUUUCGGGAAGUUCUGAGUUUAUGUUGGUUUUAUACUCCGAUGAAAGUGAAAAAGAUCGGACAGAUAUUUUCAACUUCCACGAAAACUCUAUUCCUCCACCACUGUCCCUAUCCGCACCAGAACUCAGCGGCUUAGAAGAGCUUCAAUUCUUACCCCUAAAGAAUUCAGCAAGUUCCACUGAACUCUUACACGAACGCGCCAUUAUGCGCUUCUACCAAGCAGCUGAAGAAGAGGAAAAAGAAUUGGAACGCAUAAGAAACAGCAACCCUGAAAAGAGCCUUGCACUAGAAAUCCCUAGAAUCCAAAUAAAUUCCAAAGACAGUGAUGAUAUUGUAGGUCUAGAUCGCAGACAUUCAUUGAGAAGAAAGAUGUCGGCUGGUAGUGUAAGUCAGCAAGCUAAGUGGGCUCAGAAACGACAUAGCCUGAAGAAUUCUUCAGAACUUUCAGAAGACUUAAUACCACACAACCUAAAAAAAGCUCCUGUUUCAGAGAACAUGAAACGUGACUUAAUACUGAAUCAGUCAGCUUUAUCAGAUGAAGAGGUUUCAGAUUUCAAAAAGAAACAAAUACCUGCAAGAUUGUAUUCUCAAAAUAGCUUCGAACGCAAACCAGUUACUAUAGAAGAAGAAGAACGAUGGAUGGAGGAAUACGAAGAAAGCAUGUCAGAAAGUGAAAGCGGUUCUGAAUCUGAGGUUGAAAGAUUCAAGUUUGAGGUUAGUCGAAGCAGAAAGGUACAGCUUGACGAAAGCAUAGCUGAUGAAGAUAUCACAUACCGCCCAGCAGGAGGACUUGGCAACUUAAGAAAGUUCAGUAAUGAACCUUUCGAAAUUCUAUCCACACCCAAGGAUUUACCAGAUCCUAACUUCAUUCCGAAGCCAAUUUUAAAAAAUUCUCCAUCAAUGUCACCUACGGUAUCUCCCCCGUUGUCUCCAACAAAAGUUGCUAGAGCAUUAUCACCUAGACCUGAUGUUGUACUUCAAAGAAACAGGUCCAAGUCUUUGGCUGUACCUGCUUUACCACCACUGAUAUCUGCCUCUUCUGGAGACGAAAGUGAUGAACCUAAGAAACCUAGAAGCCGGUCCUCGUCUUUAACUUUAACUAACUUAUGGGAACACACCAAAGAGCUUUCCAAACCUAAACCAAUUAAAAAAGCUCCUACUGCAAAACUACCCAAUAUAUCUGCUGUAGCUGAAAUUUCAGGCAUUACAGCGGCUAGUAUCGUCAUACCAGACAACCUACUUAGUAAAAAGAAAGACGAGGAAGCUACUAGAGUUGUAGCUGACCAUUACGAUAGCAUAGUCAAGAGUGUCGGUCAAAGAAGGAAAAGUAACCCCCAAAUUUACUUAGAUAGAGAUUCUUUAAAGAGAGUUGCAGAGGAAAUGGAAACUCCUCAAGAAGAACUUCCUAGUAGUAAAGAAGAGACCCCUUCAAAAGAAAAUCUUAGUCAAGAUAGUGGGUAUCAGAGUGUGUCUGGUUAUAGAAGAAGCAGCUUUACUGAUCACUAUGAUACUUUUCCUAUUGUUAGUAGAAGUCCUAACAGGAAAACAAGCCUAGAAACUAGCGUGUUUUAUAGAAAUCAAGAACAAAAUAUUCGUCGAAAUAGUUUAACUGAAUAUAGCUUAGAAUUUCUGCCAAAUCAACAAAAAUACAGUGUUUUUACCCCUCCAAGUCCUAAUAAAGAACAAAAUACAAGAAAGGACAGUUUAACUGGAAUUUAUGUUCCAAAGAAGUCAGAGAGUACAAUAAAAGACAGUGAAUCAGUUAUCGCAAACAAAGAAACGAACCAAUUUAGAAGAAACAGUCAAACUAAGAAUAUGGGAGUCCAAUUAACAAACUUUGAUAGUCACCAAGGCAGAAAUACUUUGCCUAAGGGCAGAAGAUCCGUCAGUCGUUCGAAAUCUCCUUCCAAAAGGGGUACAAGUGUUUCUAGACGCCAGGUAGGAUUGUCUCCUGCAAGGCCAGAAAACUGGAGUGGUAUGACACAUGCUGAAGGAUUCACAAGGCCCAAAAGAUCAUCUCCAUCUCCGAUGAGAAGGACUAUGCGCGCUCAAAGAGACUCAAAGUGUCCGUCUCCUCAACCAAGGCGUGCGCCAAUGCUCAAGGAAAUUACUACUCAAACUUCUGGAUUUCUUGAGUCGUUUUCUCAAGAAUUCGCCCAUUCUAGUGAGAAAUUGAAAAGGGAGCUUGAGACAAGGGCAGAAAUACAAGUAAGGAGUGCUGUGGAUUGGCUGACUGAUUUGGCUAUGUUUAUAGUAGCUUCUUGGUUCUAUUUGUUUAGUAAUGAACUUUUGGCAAUACCGAUACUUUUAGUUAUGGUUUACAGACAGCUCAAAGAAGAAAUAAGAAAACGAAUACCGGAAUGGAUGGCAAAAAGAUUUAGAAAAAAGAAUUAAAAAUAUUAUUCAGUUAUACUCUUAGUCAUAAUACAAUAUUUUAUAAUCGAAUAAAAAAAACGGCGUCAGCGAUGGCUAUGAAAUGAAGAUCGCUGUCAUUUUAUAUGUAAAAUUAUAUGGGAAAUGUCAUUGACCGUCAUUUCGAAGCCAUAUAUAUUAAUAUUUUUUGAGGAAAACAAAUAAGAUUUUGUGAGGUUUUUGUGCCUAUUUAAAAAUAACGAAUUAAAAUAUUUUUGUGUUUAAUAUAA